AUGGAGCCCAGCCACGACCAGCCAGCACCUCUGCAGCCGGCAAUGGCGCCCGGGCAUGACACACCAGCACCUCAGCAGCCGGCAAUGGAGCCCGGCCAUGACGUGCAAGCACCUCAGCCGCCGGCAAUGGCGCCUGGCCAGCAGCCGUGGGAGUACAGCCUGCGGAAAUACCUGCUGCUGCUGGCCACCCUGGUGGUCACCGUGACGUACGACGCGGCCUUCAACCCGCCAGGGGGCGUCUGGCAGGAUGGCACCCGCGACGACGUCGGCCAAGGCCAACGACUCGCCGGCGACCCCAUCAUCCGCGACACCCACUACCACCGCUACAUCGCCUUCUUCUACUGCAACGCCACUGCAUUCGCGAUGUCUCUUGUGCUCAUCGUCCUCAUCCUCAUCCUCGCCAUCCGGCACGACAAAGAAAAGGAGAAGAAGGACGCCAUCUGGGUCGCCUCCGACGUCGUGCUGCUGCGGGUCGUCAUGGUGCUCGACCUGCUCAGCCUCGUGGGAGCCUACGCCGCGGGUACCUGCCGGGAUAAGGUCUCGACCGUCUACUCCACGGUGCUGGUGGCUGCCGUCUUCAUCUACAUCGUGGUUAUCAAGUUGCUGGACUGGUGGUUUCCAGACAACACCUCUGACUCUGGCUCUGGUUCCGGCGGCGUGACGCCCACCCCCAAACCCAGCCCCAGCUCAGGCUCUGGCGCAAUGUCAGUUCCCAUCGACGACUCUGACUCCGGCGUGCCUAGGGUACAAGAAAAGGAGGCCAUGAAGAAGCUCAAAGCUGAAGAACGGUUCUGCAAGGUCCUUAUGCUUCUGGCGACGUUCGCGGUGAGCAUCACAUACGUCGCUGGUUUGAGCACGCCGGGCGGCUUCUGGGAUAGCACCGGGGGCAGACACCGCCCGGGCGACGCGAUUCUCACGGACGACCACAGCUUGCGCCUGACAGUGUUCCUUUUAUGCAACACCACGGCGUUCGUGGCAUCCCUGCUUAUCACCAUGCUGCUCAUCAUCGACGGCAGGAAGCUCCGUGAGAAGAUGGCCCGGUCCUUCGAGCUCUACACCUGCAUAGUUGUCACGCUGGUCAGUCUCAUCGCCGCCUACAUCGCCGGCAGCUGCAGGCAGACUGACACCACCAUCUACGUGGUCUGCCUAGUCGGCGCGGUGGUCUGCCUGGUCGGUGCCGUUCUUGCGUGCGUCCUACUCCAUGGUUUCUGCACUAAAGCGUCAGAAUUCUCUUCUCCCUGUUCCAGUCCAGCGCAACAAACUGAUGAACAACAGCAGACUGAUGAAAAUGUCAGUGCUAGGGAGGCUCUGGACAAGGCUCGCUCCCUUGUUCUACUGCUCGCCACUCUUGCCGCCACCAUCACCUACUCAGCCGGGUUGAACCCGCCGGGUGGCCUUUGGCAGGAUAACAGCUACGGGCACAUGGCCGGCGACCCGAUUCUUCUGACAACGAACGCUAGGCGGUACAGGGCCUUCUUCUAUUGCAACUCGGUUGCAUUUGUGGCCUCCUUGGUGGCCGUUGUCCUGGUCCAGAAGGAGCUUCUGAUCAAGCACCACGUGCUGGAGGCAGCCAUGAUACUCGACCUGUUUGGACUCAUUGGGGCAUAUGCCGCGGGGAGCUGCCGGGACGUGAACCACUCCAUCUACGCCAUGGCCUUUUCAGGCGCUGUCCUGGUCUAUGUGGUGAUCCAUGUUGUCUUCUUCACGAUGGACUACGAAGACAUGGACAACGGCUACGAAGACCGGUUGCUGGAGAAGAGACGCAAAAGGUUGCUCCUGUUCGCGAUCUUGGCCGCGACCAUCACCUACCAAGCUGGCCUCACCCCUCCAGGCGGCUUCCUGCUCCAGGACGACAAGCUCGGGCACCACGCUGGCGACCCGGUCCUCCUCUACAACUACCCGCGCCGUUACAAUGCCUUCUUCUACUGCAACUCGGUGAGCUUCAUGUUGUCCAUCGCCCUCAUCAUCCUUCUGGUGAACCGCCAUCUGUACAGGCCAGCCAUACGAAGUAAUGCGCUGUCAGUUUGUACGGCGAUGGGAUUGUUCUGUUUGAUGGGGGCCUAUGCCGCUGGAAGCACACAGCACAUCAAGACAUCCAUCUACAUCUUUGUGUUGGUGGCCGUGGCCCUCUUUGUUGCAGCCGGACUACUGGUAAUAUUGUUGGUGAGGGAGAUCAAGGGAAAUGGCAAUUCAGCAGUUGCGCCACCCAAAGAACAGGACAAAGAAGAAAGGGAGGAGGAAGAAGAAAAAAAGGAGAAUAGAAAUGGCAAUCCAGCUGCUGCGCGAUCAAUAGAACAGGAGGCCCCUAAGGACGAAGAAGAACAGAGGGAGGAUGCAGAAGAAAGGAAGAAGCACGCAAGGCGCAAGUACCUGAUGCUGCUAGGCAUCUUAGUAGCGAGCGUCGCCUACCAGGCAGGCCUGGAACCGCCUGGCGGAGCGUGGCAGAGCAGCGGCAGCGGGUACAAUGCGGGCAACCCAGUGAUGCACGACAACAGGAGACCCCGGUACCUUGUCUUCUUCUAUAGCAACUCCUUUUCCUUCGUGGCUUCCAUCGUUGUCAUCAUCAUGCUGCUACCGCACUGGCUGCCAAACAAAAAGGAAGUGGAAUGGGAAAAAUGGUCGCUGAAGGUGAUGAACUGGACGAUAAUACUUAAUUUAGUGGCUCUCCUAGUGUCCUAUGCAGCCGGCUCCAGCAGGGGGUGGAAGACGUCUGUGUAUGUCUGCGCGCUCACCGUUGCGGUGCUGGGCUACUUUGCAAUCCAUAAGGCACUGUCAGUAUGUUCUGAUCGUCGUCACCGUAGGAGGCGCCAGAGCAGACAAGGAGAUGCUCGUGUGUGA